AUGCUAUCUGCUUCGGUUGACGGUACUACGAGUAAGGCCGACAACAAUCUUACUACGGAUCCUGAUAUCCCAAAAGGACCAACUGAGAGCCAUGUGCUGUCUCGGGUGGAACAGGACGAGAAAGGCCUCUCGCAAAGAGCCGGCCACACAGCAGAAAUUACCAAUAUCGGAUGGGGUGAAUCUCCGGAUGCCAUCGAUGAACCUUUAGUGGCCGGGCUAUCAAAUGAGGAUUUGUGGAUGCUUAUUCGACGAUUUGACAAGCAAGUCUAUCGAGUCAAAGCAGUUCCCGAUGCUCCCGUGCAAAGACUAGAUCUCACGUGA